AUGAGUGAAUCCAGCGCGUUGGAAAAAGUUCCGAAACGCGUUUUCCAUUGCAGUGACGGAACCAUCAGCGAAUACUCAGACGACGAUGAGGCCGAUGGUCCAAUUGUUGAGGUCGAACCCGAGCAAGACUCCCAAGCCCUAACGUGGUCCUCCUGGCUGAGCCAAAAAGCAAAAAAUGCGACGAAAAUGGUGGUCUCCGCGUCUGAUUGGAUGGGCGAAAAGUUCGCUUCUCUAGUGGGUGUGACCGAACCAAAGUUCGACCUUUAUAUUCGCGAGCACGAGUUUUUGAUGAAACAGAAAGAAGAGGAAUUAGCGAAUACCUACAUAAUCGCACCCGAGGAGAGUAUCCCCCUGAACUCCAGAUUUCAGUGA